GAAGCCCCUCCAUCAUUCCGUAGUAUGAUACUUAAUCUUCCCACGCCUCUAUCUGUCUUCUUCAUAUUCUUCUACACCAACUAGCUAUCAGCACUUUAAAAAAGUAAAGAAGCAAAUCUAGGGCAAUCCUGUUUCGCAAUGGCAGCCAAGGAAGAGGCUUUGUACAAGCCAUACGAUCAAUUCAUCCUCUUUGGGGAUUCUAUUACCCAGAUGUCCAGUGACCCCCACAUGGGAUUUGGGCUAUUUGCAGGCCUGCAGGAUGCUUACAGCCGACGCCUGGAUGUGAUCAACCGCGGGUUUGGUGGUUAUACCUCUGGCCAUGCCAUCAAAGUCUUUCCCAAGUUCUUUCCCACACCAGAAAAAGCCACAGUGCGGUUCAUGACUAUCUUCUUUGGAGCCAACGACGCAUGUCUCCCCGGAAGCCCUCAGCACGUCCCAUUGGAUGUGUAUAAAGAGAAUCUGACUCGGAUCAUCCAACAUCCUGCAACAGUGGCUCAGAAUCCCCAUAUCCUCCUGCUGACUCCGCCCCCUAUAAAUGAAUACCAACUACAGGGGUUUGACGAAUCCAAGGGAAAUGCCCAUCCCAGCCGAACCGCCGCUUUUACUAAGCAAUAUGCGGAGGCAGCUCGCGAAGUCGGCGCCUCUCUCGACAUCCCUGUAGUGGAUAUCUGGAAAGCAUUUAUGUCUGCUGUUGGCUGGAAGGUGGGUGAGCCGUUACCGGGCUCAAGAGAUUUGCCAAACCUGGAUCAAUUUGCGCGAUUUUUCACUGAUGGUCUGUAUUGUUCUUUUCGUUUGCGUUCUGUGUCUGAUAUACUAACCUAUGGAAAAGGUCUACAUUUGACAGCGGAUGGGUAUCGGAUAGUAUUUGAUGCGAUUAUGGAAACGAUUCGAGCGAAGUGGCCGGAGGAAGAACCUAGUGCAAUGGAUAUGGUUCACCCCCCAUGGCUGGAGGCGCCAAGGUAGAGAGACGGAUACAGUAUGGAUGCAGUGGCAACGGGUGGAGGUGCGCACGGAUCGG